CAUGACGGCUCCACUCCGUCAGUCAUUAAGAGUGCAAGCCUGGGAAUGCUGGGCACCCCGUGGCUGGAAUAAGAGAGCUGCACACUGAAGUGGGAAAUGGCAGAUAUAGGCUGGUGGUGAGGAAAGUCCAGGACUGCCAGUGUGUGUUCAGAUACCUCAGACUUUCACAAUGGAUGCCAUAAAAUGUGGAGGAUUCUCGAAGGUGAAAGACGCUGAUGAGGAAAUUCAGACAAUCUGUGAUGAGGUUAAGUGUCAAGUAGAGGAAAAAAGAAAUGAAGCAUAUGCCGUGUUCAAAGCUGUUCAGUACAAGAGUCAAGUGGUGCAAGGAAUCAACUAUGACAUCAAGGUUCAUGUGGGAGGAUCCAGCUACCUUCAUCUGCGGGUCUGGAAGAAGCUUCCAUGUUAUGGAGGAGAAGCCGUAGUUACUGGUGUGGAAGACCAUCAUGACAAAGAUCCCAUCCAACCUUUUUAAUGAAUCACACUUUGUAUUUCAG